UAUUCUCAAAAUGAAUCUCGGGAUAUGUUAGCUGGCGAAGAAUCCACCCGUUGGACCCUUCGUUGCCAUGGAAAGCCCUCGAAAUGGGAUACCCUAGUUGUGCCGCUGUGAUGUGACUAGGCUAAGGAUGCAGCCCCUGAAUUGGGACACAGCUCAUGUAUGUAAACACAGUGGACAGCCAUUUUAGACAGGUGGUGUGCCGAAUCCUGACGUCACACGGGACUAUGGUGCUACUGAUUGUUUGCGAUUUCUCUUGUUCCUUUUUAUCAAUAACUGUUCAUUUUAAAUGUUCUAACUAAAGAUAUACAGGGCAUAUAAGUCCACAUUUUACAUGUCCAAAAGCCAAAAUCACUUGUUACUGAUCUUUGAUCAUGGACAUCUACAAAUGACUGCUCAUGAAAUUCAUUAAAAAUGUAAAAUUACCACUUAGCUGAAGUGCUAACAUUAGUCAUUAUAUUAAAGACGCUAACUAGCAUUAAAUGAGUACUGUUUCAUUCAUAUGUUCAUAUGAAUACAAAAAAAUACAUAAAAAAUGAACCCUGUUGAAAAAGCACACAUAUCGUGUGAACAAGCCGUGUGGUUUAAUGGGUUACGUUUCCAGCUAAAGUAGCUAACCUAGCUAGCUAGCUAAUCUACUUAGCUAACUUACCGCUCAGCCAAACUGGAGCGCGCACCGCAGGAAACUCCGCUGUUCGUCAUGGCUCAGCUGGUCAUAUUUAUCCUUCCAUGAGAGAACACGUUUUCAUUGCCCUUUAGACUCGUACAUGUCAGCCCUUGGAGUGACCGGUGUCGGAGCUUUAUAUGGCACUUGGUCAGGUUAUGUUAUUUUCAAAAUCACCGUGACUGAUUAGCUUUCCUGCUGCCGUUGAAGUCCUGAGGUGGGAUGAAGAUGUGAACUCACCCGCUGUUUGUAAGUAACUUUAUCAGAAAUUAGCGUUCACUCGUCCCAGAACAGUCUUUUUUUAUAUAUAAAAUAGUUUGUUGGGUUAUUUUAACUUUGAAGUAAAUUCAUCAUCUACUUGCCCCCGAAAAUUUCACUUGUGUGGACAGGCGAUAAUGUCGAGCCCUGAAUAUGUUCAACUGAAACCGUGAAUGUACGUCAAUCCGGGGUCUGUAUUUCAGCGUGCGCGUGCGGGGGAAGCUGAGUUUGGCACAACACAGGUCUACGUGGCUCUUCGCUGCGUUUAGCAACACCGUGAAGUUUUAUUCAUUUUUAAUCUCUAAGCGAGUCAUACUGUAUCAUAGACGAGUCUGUGCAGCCUUACUGAAGACCUUGAUACGAUUCCAGUCCAGGUACAGGUGCAGCCAUCAUGUCAGCAUCAUGAGCAGCUGUCUCUGCAUCCUCAGGUGUCAACAGCACAGGUCACUACAGGUGGAUAUCAAUCCACAGAGCAGCAACCCGUACAAGUACAGGUUCAGAUUCAGGGGCAGCAGGCACAGAUUGGACACAUGCCUUCUCAGCAUUUGCCAACUGUUGCUGCGGCAACACAGGUUAUACAACCUGGAGAGCUCACAGAGGAGCAACACCAACAGAUCCAGGCUCAGUUAAUAGCAGCAGUCGCAAACGGACAGCAGAUCCAGAUCCAGACAGUAGGGGCCUUACCUGAAUCCCCCACCCAACCCCAAAGCUCUCCACAUGGGGAGGCUACCAACAGAGCCUCUGUCACUUCAGCCAGUGUCCUCCAACCUGCCAAGAAACGCAAAGUGGACCUCCCCAUCACAGUCUCCUACGCCAUCCCUGGCCAACAGCUAGCUACGGUGGUAGCUAUUCCACAAGGUCAGCAACAGAGUUACUUGUCUCUAAGGCCUGAUUUAGUCACAGUGGACAGCACUCAGUUAUACAGCACAACUGGCACACUUACAAGUCCCACCGGGGAGACGUGGACCAUCCCUGUGUAUACAGCACCCACCCAACAGACUGGCAUCACCCACAUCGCUGUACCACAGGAUGCCUAUGGCACUCCUACAACACUUCAUGUCUCCGCCCCCAUCGCUGCUGAUGACAAGGACAAGAACAAAACUGCUCCCAGUGUGUCGGUGGUUUCCAUGCCGACUGUGGGUGGGGGUGCUGGGGGACAGGAAGAGGUGGUACAAGCAUUGUCAAAUACCCUCUUCCCUGCACAGUUUAUGAAUGGAAAUAUUCAUAUACCUGUCGCUGUGCAGACUGUUGGCGGAGUAACGGGGUCAUGUCCAAACAGCACACAGUCUUUGCACAUCUGGGACCCUCAGCAGCAGAUUGUGCAGACACAAGUAGGUGGAGCUCCGGAGCAGCAGACCUUGCAGGAGCAGCAGGGGCAGGUGCAUGGUGUGUCUGACAGUGAGACAUUGCCUGCCUUUCUAAAGCCAGAGGAGGGGCUUAUGGAGUGGAGACUGUGGGCUCAAAAGAAGAACACUGAGCUGGAGAAAGAGCAGCGGAACAGGCUGGCCCCUAUUGGCAGGCGGCAGCUGUUGCGGUUUCAGGAUGACCUGCUCUCCAGUUCCAUAGCAGAGCUGAGUUUAGGCUUGGCUUUAAUGACACAGGAGGCCAGGGGUUUAGAGGGGGAGAGUUUAGAAGAUGAUAUGCUCUACUACAUCUUCCUCUGUAUACAAAAGUUUAUGUUUGAUAAUGGCAGAGUAGAUAAUAUAUUCACAGAUCGGUAUUAUCAGCGCUUUCAGCAGUCACUGCACAAGAUAUUGAACUCUUGGCAACCCAGCAUCCAUCCUUUAGGUUACAUUAUCCCCAGUCAUGUGACUGAAGAAAUGUUAUGGGAAUGCAAACAAUUGGGAGCCCAUUCACCUUCCACACUCCUCACAACUCUAAUGUUUUUCAACACCAAGUUUUUUCAGUUAAAAACAGUAGAUCAGCACCUGAAAGUAGCGUUCACGAAGGUUUUACGACACACUAAGAAGAACCCAUCCAACCCCAAAGACAGGAGCACAAGCAUCCGCUACCUAAAAGGAAUCGGACAGUACCAGGUUGGCCAGAAAGUGACUGAUGACAUGUAUGCUGAACAGUCAGAGUAUCCAGAGAACCCUUUACGCUGUCCUAUCAAACUCUAUGACUUCUACCUCUUUAAAUGUCCACAGAGUGACAAAGGUCGGAACGAUGUCUUCUAUUUGACACCGGAACCUGUGGUUACCCCCAACAGCCCCAUCUGGUACUCAACGCAGCCAGUCUCACGCGAGCAGCUGGAGCACAUGCUGUCUCGCAUCCUCAUCGUGCGGGAGAUACAGGAAGCCUUUGCCAGCAAAGCCGUAUCUCUGCAGUAGGGAGGGGCAGUUAUGUCAAUCAUAACACAUGCAGUAGAAAAGAGGAGACACAACAUGGACCUUGCUCUCUCUCUUUUUGCCCUUGUUUUACAUACACAUACACACAUACCUACCUCUGCAGCUCAUUGUCUUUUAAGUUGCCUCAUAUUAUUUAGGCACUCAGAUCUUACUGAGAGACUCACAUACAUUCACAUGGGCAUAGAUGUCUACUUACCUUUUGCCAAAGUUCAGAUAGCUUUUUUGUAAUUAUUUUUUAUGUUUCUAGUCAAACCUUUUAGUGUUGACUCCGUCUUACUUCACAGCGCCUUAUUGAAUCCUCAUGCACUUCUUUUCCUGCUUUUUGUCAUUUACCGCCCUCUUUCUCAGCUUUGUAUAAGCUGGCUGUGUUCCCAAACUCCUGCCUUAAUGCUGCUGGUCUGGACUGGUAAACUAAGGAUUAUACUAAAGGUAGUAUUGGUAUUUUCAGGUCCAGGUUUUUCAGUCAUUCAUAACAAUCUCACACAAAUGUUACAGAUGAGUAUACAUUGGCAGCAGUGUUAAUUUUGUUCCAGUUAUGAACCUGAUGCAAAACUCAGUCUUAGAAUGUUAGUACAGUUGUCCUCAGGCCCCCCAGACACAUUUUAUUUUUCAAAACAACUCACAACAUGGAGGAAUGAAGAAAAAUGGUGGACCGUCUAGGGGGCCACGAGGACCGGGUUGGUAUUUUGUAUUAGUACAAAAACAUACACAGUGAUUAUGUUUGGAAACAAGAACAUGAGCUGUGCUGGUUGCUGUCAAGUCCAGCAAAAGUGUAAUAUACGUUAUAUGGACUGAUUUGCAUAACAAAUGCAUAAA